AUGUCAACCAUUGUUUCAAAGAAGGAUUCAAUUAAAACAGAAUCGUCAUACAAAAACGACCCAACCAAGACUGACCUGUCAACCAAGAGUGACACAUCAACCAAGAGUGACAGGGAAAUAAAGAGUGACCUGUCAAUAAAAACUAAUAGCGAAAUAAAGAGAGACCUUGUGAGUUGGGAAAAUAUUGAACUGGAUAUUAAAACAGAAGAGAGUACAGAUCAAUUUGGAUAUUUUAUUAAAGGAAAAGUAAAAUGUUAUAGUUCAAGAAAUCUUAGGAAGUUUGUAAGAAUUAGUGAAUCAGGAGAGACUUGCGAACUGAUUUGGGAGUCAAAGUCUGAUAAAGAAGAGACUAUACUAGUAAUUGUGUAUGAAGAAGGAACCAAAAAAUGGCUUGCUCUCAACGUCAAUGGUGGGUUUUUGUUAUUUCACAGAACUGGGAAAGGCCAGGCCUGGAAUGACAUUACCAGAACAGGCGAUGACUUAACUAACGUGAAAUUCUUUGGGGAAGAUAGAAAGGAAGGAGAAAUGCUCAACUGUAAGCUAUCUUUGGAAGUGACUGACCACAUCAUUAUUCUAUUUUCACCUCCUCGUACAAUUGCUUACGGCUCUGCACCCAUUUGGAUAAGAAACAAAAAUACAAUUAGUGAAAAUUUUCAGAAGAACGAGAUUCCCAGACUGUUGCUUUUAAACAUUGGAGGCAAUACCUUAUAUGUCACGUUUGAUGUUUUGAAGCCCGCGAACUCGGAGGUUAAGUUUGAGCGUAACGUUGUUAAGGAAGAGGUUGUCCCAGUCAAUAACACUUAUGUACCACAUUCCCUUAAGCACAUGUUUGACAAUAGUUUUGUCAAAUAUUUAAGGAAUCCUGAAGACUGCGUUAAACAAGAUCAAAGCCUGCCAAAACCCGCUGAAGUAGUUGAAGUAGAUCACGAUCUAAUUGUAAUAAAUCCAGACAAACCAGAUAUACCAAUCAAGAAUCCUGUCGUACUAGACGUGGUUGAAGUUGAGAGCGACGACGAUUGUUAUUUCGAUGGAUAUUCUCCUAAAGUAAAACUCGAUGUUGAUCCGAGCCAAAGGUUAUCCAAAAGAAUAAAAAAUGAUCAAGUUCUAGAUAGGGCUAAUAGGCCCGGAGGGCUUUCUGCAUAUGCGACAUAUCAGGAUCCUGAACCGGAACCCAAAAGACAACAAGUUGAAAAUCAGUCAGUAAGACACGAAGAGCCCAGAACAUUCGAACGGUCAAAUACCAGAACAGAAACUAGACACGACUAUUCAAAUACAGUAGCACAAAUCUUUAGGACCCUUUCAAAAACCUUAACACAACUCUUUCAAACCACUACAAAUACCUUGACACAUAUGGAGAAUUGGUCACCAAGACAGCAGGAGUACAUAAUACCCGAACCGCCAGCUACCAAUCAACAAAUCGAAGUAAACCAGCCUUAUAAUACAAGUACACGGGUCAAUGUAAACCAACCUUAUAAUACAAGCACACGAUUCAAUUUAGACCCAUCGAAUCCAACAAGAACAACUACACGGGUUAAUUUAUACCAACCUUAUAACACAAGUACACGGGUUAAUUUAAAUCCAUCAAAUCCAACAAGAACAAGUACACGGGUUAAUUUAAAUCCAUCAAAUCCAACAAGAACAAGCACACGGGUUAAUAUAAACCAACCAACUACUACUAGAACAAGUACACGGGUUAGUGUAAACCAACCAACAAGAACAAGGACAAUCACUAAUACACCCUCAACUGGUAUAAGGGCAAUAUGUGAUGGACGUUCAACUGGUAUAAGGGCAAUAUGUGAUGGACGUUCAACUGGUAUAAGAGCAAUAUGUGAUGGACGUUCAACUGGUAUAAGAGCAAUAUGUGAUGGACGUUCAAAUGCUCUGAGAGCAGUUGGAACUUGCUCAGGAAAACUCCAAAACUUCGUAUCACCCAAAACUACAAAUAUUAAAACACAAACUAAAUACGAGUACACAAAGACGAUUAAAACACAAGUUAAAUACGAAUGUACUAAAACAAUUAAAACGCAAAUCAUUAAAAAUGACUAUUCGGAUGUUAAAACACAAAUCAUCAAGAACGAGUAUUCACAAACUACCAAAAUGCAAGUCAAAACCGAUUAUUCAAAUACCCUAACUCAAAUCAAAAACGACCCUUCAAGAAGUACCAAGGGGGUAAUUUGUAUAGACCCGUAA